CUUUUCUACCUCUGUCUCACUCUCUCUGUCUCUGCUGAGGUGCCAGUGGCCAGCCCUGCUCCAUGCUGCACCCCUCCUUCCAUGCCCACAGCAGCCUUUCUUCUGGUCGCUGGGGAGAGGGAGGGAGAGAGGCAAAGUUGGGGUAUCUCUUUGCCUUUUCCUUCAUUCAGUUCUUCUCCACGCCUCCCUGGCACCAGGACCUGCUCACCAGCUGACUUUUCCUCCCCAAAAUGUUCAACGGGGAGGCCAGUUCCUCAGCCAGGAAUGUCAUCCGCAGUUCCAGCAUCAGCGGAGAGAUGUACAACAUGGAAAAAGCAAAUCCAGUGACCCAAGAUGCUUCUGGGACUGGAACCACCAAGAAGAGGAGGUCCAGUCUUGGAGCCAAAAUGGUAGCCAUUGUGGGGUUAUCACAGUGGAGCAGAAGUACCAUGCAGCUAAACCAACCUGGCCCCGCCCCUCCCGUGAUGGCAUCACAAGGAGGAGUGAGGGGAGGACUCCGGGUCCCUGACCCAGCGAUGUUCCCAGAUGGAACCACCAAGAAACUUCGCAGUAAUAUUCGACGUAGCACAGAGACAGGCAUUGCUGUGGAGAUGCGGAAUCGAGUAACCAGACAGGGGAGCCGGGAGUCCACAGAUGGCAGCACCAACAGCAACAGUUCUGAUGGCACAUUUAUCUUCCCUACGACACGACUUGGAGCUGAAAGCCAGUUUAGCAAUUUCUUGGAUGGGCUGGGACCGGCACAGAUAGUAGGAAGACAGACGUUGGCUACACCCCCUAUGGGGGACAUCAACAUCAGGAUGGUAGACAGGAAUGGACAAUUGGAAGUGGAGGUGAUACAGGCCAGAGGUUUAACCCCAAAACCAGGAUCCAAAGCAAUACCAGCUCCAUACAUUAAAGCAUAUCUGAUAGAGAAUGGAGCAUGCCUCGCCAAGAAGAAGACUAGGACUGCUAAGAAAACCUGGGAUCCAGUUUAUCAGCAAGCCCUCCUCUUUGAUGAAGGACCCCAGGGGAAGGUCCUGCAGGUCAUUGUUUGGGGAGACUAUGGCCGAAUGGACCACAAGUGCUUCAUGGGAAUGGCACAGAUCCUUUUGGAAGAGCUUGAUUUGAGUUCCUGUGUUACAGGCUGGUACAAACUCUUCCCUACGUCCUCACUUGCUGACUCCAGCAUUGCUCCUCUUACUCGUCGACUCUCCCAGUCCUCAUUAGAGAGUUCCACCAGCCCAUCCUGCACUUAACAACUGGAAAAAGAGAUCAUCUUUGAUUCUUCUGUUCCCUCCUUCUCCUGCAGCCCAAAUGGUCAUAUUUCCCUUCUUGCCACCAGACGCACAUCAGACUGGGUUCAACCUCCAGUGUGUCUGUUCAGAAUUAUGGGAAAGGAUCUGGGAUUCAGGGUUGGAGGUGGCAGAGUGCCCCUGUGGCAUUAUAUACAAAGCUGCCAACUAAAUGCUACUGCAAAAAAAAUAAUGCAACAUUUUAGAGACUGUUAUAACAAAUUGAACACAGACAAACCAAAUAAAAAUACGCUAAGCAGUGUAUUAUUUAAGACACAACCUCAUAUCAUGCGAGGAAGUAAGUCUUACAAAUUAGCUGAUUUGUCGAUUAUAUAUUUAUAUGCUGGAAUAUAAGAACAAAAUUUUUGACCAUUUUUAUCCAGCACUGAAAUAUUAAAGAAUAUAAACAUUAUUUACAAAAAAAUACAUACAAAGCACAUGUUCUAUACCGAUAGCACACAGAUAACAAUCCAUUUAGAAUUUGUGCAAAUACAUUAAUCUCUUCCACUGUGGGUGCCUCAAUGUUCUCUCUGCCACUGACAGUUGUGCCCUGAUUUUUUCCAGGUUUUUUUCCUCCAAUCCAGAUUUCUUCUCAAUCUUCUGCUUAUACACCCUAUGUCUCCCCACCUUCAACAUGCAGCUGAUGAGAAUAAAGCUGGAUUUUGCAAAGGUGGCAACUGUGAUACUGUGUACAUCUCACAUAAAUCUAUUCAAACACACGUGUAUAAAUUUACAUGCGUCUUAUCGAACAGAAUGCUAUUUUUUCAGGAAUAUUCAAUUUUUUUUUCUACAUUAUUCUUUAAGAUGGAAUGUAGCAUUUUCAUGUUAUUUCUACCAUUGCAUAAAAUGGAAGAAAUAAGUUGUUUACCUUUGCAUCUGCACUUUUUUUUCCUUGCACA